AUGGAAGAGGACGUCCCUCCGUCCUAUGAGGCUGCUACAUCCCGAGACGUCUGGGCUAUCGUGGCGCCCUAUGCCAGACUUUCGAAGAAUGAUCUCUGCGCGGCAUGCCUCGUCUCAUCCCAUUGGUAUCACACUUUUGUGAGAUACCUUUGGGGUAAUCCUGCGAGUCAUUUUGGGGUAGAUGAUGAUGCUGUUUAUGCGGCUCUUACCAGAUUCAGGCGCACGCUAUUUUCUGCCCGCUUGAAUGUCAGAUCGCUCACGCAUACUCUGCAACUGCCCCCUGCGAGAGGUGAACUUUACGGCGGCCCAAAAGCAGAGUGGCUACGAGAUUUGCUGGAAAUGCUUCCCAAUCUCCAGUCGCUACUCGUCUCUGGGCUACCUUUUUUCGACCAUGCAGCUAUUCAGUUGAUUGGGGAUUUCAGCAGUGGCAGGCGUCCUACUAACGACGACGAAUCGCCCAAUUACCCACUCAGACUGCUUGAUGCCUCGGGUUGCAAGAAUGCUACGUCACAUAACCUAUCUUUAGCACUUCCUCAUUUUCCUAACCUGCUUUAUUUGGAUCUUUCAAGAACAUCAGCAGCAAAUAAUUCCCUUGUGCUCGAUAGCCUUAGCUCCCUCCCCUUCCUCCGAAUAUUGAAGCUCCAGCGAUGUGGUCUCCGGGACGAACACGUUGAAGUACUAGCUUCUGCACUAAAAACAAGUAUCCGCAGUCUGGACCUCACUGGAAAUUACCUAACGGACCGAAGUGCUAUCUCCUUGUUGAGCCAUUGCUUUUGUUCUCCGCGAUCUUACGAUUAUGCUACAACCAGAAGUCGCCAUCGAGCCGUUUCGUUAAUAGACGAGGACUGGCCAGCGGGAAUGUACCCAUAUGCUGCUGGCCCACUGCCAGCUGCAUACAAUAGCGAAGAGUUGGAGGGGCACGUGGCUGGAUGGCUCACCCGCGAGUUCAUCGGUCGAUUAAGCUUUGAGGAUGUGCCACCCAAUGGAAUCACACAUUUGUAUAUUUCCAACAAUAGCUUUACGCCGAGUGGCCUUCGGCAGCUUUUAAAGACAAAACGCCUCAAGGUGUUGGAUUGUGCAUCAAUGGCAAAGCGCAGUGGGCCAACUUCUCCUCAUCACCUGUUUCCUCCGAACGAUCCUCGGCUGCACGGAUCCGAGCUACGGAUUGAAAACCUUGCGCCGACACUCUAUAGAUUCUGUCACGACAAAUUAACAUACUUGCGCGUGGACUAUCAGAUUGCCACGGAGCCAACCAGCAUUGACGAAGGCGCAGACCGUGAACCAUAUGCUGUGACGCCGCCUGCGGUGGAGCUUGACGCCUCCGUGACUGUCCCGGAACUUGAUGCGACUAAUGUGUUCUACGAGUUGUCGACCGGCGAAGAAAUUGCUGAGUUGCCGUCUGAUUGUGUCACUUCUCCAUCUCAGCCAGCUACAAUAGAGCGCUCUACCCUAAUUCCGGAACCAGAAGAGACUCCUGAAUCCAGAGUAAGGCGCUCGAGUAUCUUCGCGCCGGAAACUUGCGAUCCCGACCAUAAUUUUCGAGAUAUGGAGCCUCAACGCUGCGCACCUGUUUCUGAGCUCGGCAGUAACAAGGCCGAUAAUGAUCUCAAGUCCCUCCAUGACAGCACAACCAGGAUUCUAAGACGACGGCAAAAUUCUCAGCCAGGUGGUCUUCGCCCCGCAAUGCUCCCGAAACUGCGAACACUGGUGUUGACCAGCGUACCGAGCAAGACAAGAGAUCAGAAAGUUAUUGGAGCCUUACUAGAAUUCAUCCGACAGUGCGCGGAGGAAGAAGGACUUGCGAUGUUGCAAGCAACUGUUGAGCAAGUGAAUUUUUCCUUCCUGACAGCUCGAGAGAGGGAGCAGUUCAAACAAAACAGGGCCCACGACAUCUUUGCAUUACGAAAACUCGUGCUUGGAAUUGGAUCUUCCAAUAAUGCGUGGAGAUCCCAAAACUACGGUCUACAUCAUGACACUAAGUCAUCCACUGAGGACCCGGACAGUGAAGCGUUCUGGGAAGCUGCUGAGGGAGACUUCUCUUUCUUUGAUGAUGAAGAAUGUGGUGUGCCUGUUCGAGAGCAAAGGCAUUCGCUUCCUUCUGCAUUCGCGACGGAAAAAAUAGCAUUGGGGAGCUCAGAAGCAGAAGAUGCGCCAAUUGCGACGACGAUACCAGAGUUCGACGUCGUCAGUGAGCUGGCCAGGUUUCGUAGAGAAAGCAAGGCUGCUUUCGCUCAUGCACAUGCACGUGGGCGUCCAUAUUCUGAACUUCUUCUCCUCGGACAUUGGAGCGGUGAGAUCCAAGUGAUUCAACAGGAUUUGACCGCCAUUCGACGGAGAUGGAACACCGACUGGUAUGGCAAUGUCUUUGAAGGGGCCAUUUACCGAUGA